AGGGUCGGCGCGCCACGCCACGCCGCCACUACCAGUAUUUAUUUGCUUCACGUCCACCAUCCACGGCCACGGGCCUCACUCCCCGCCCACUCCACCAGCCCACUCCUCCCCUCCACCACGGCCCCGCCACCUCUCCAUUGCCGCCGGCGCCGGGCAGCAGCAGGAGUGACACACAGCCGAUACCGCUGCUGAGAGCGGCUCAAGUAAUUGAGGCAAGAGAUGUCUUCCUCAAGGCCCGCUACCAGCUCUUCCAGCAGGAACCGCCAGAGCACCCAGGAAAGGAUGUUAGCACAAACAACCCUUGAUGCUGAACUCAAUGCUGAGUUUGAAGAAUCUAGUGACUCCUUCGACUACUCCAAGCUGGUCGAAGCCCAGCGGGACACUCCAACUGUGCUGCAGGAAGGGCGGUCGGAGAAGGUCAUAGCCUACUUGCAGCACAUUCAGAGAGGGAAGAUGAUCCAAUCGUUUGGUUGCUUGUUGGCCCUUGAUGAGAAGAGCUUCAAUCUCAUCGCGUUCAGUGAGAACGCGCCAGAAAUGCUUACAACUGUCAGCCAUGCGGUGCCCAGUGUCGAUGAUCCCCCAAGGCUUGACAUUGGCACAAAUGUACGGUCUCUUUUCACUGAGCAGGGUGCCACAGCUCUGCACAAGGCACUAGGGUUUGCUGAUGUUUCUUUGCUGAAUCCUAUCCUGGUUCAGUGCAAGACCUCAGGCAAGCCUUUCUAUGCCAUUGUUCAUCGAGCAACCGGUUGUUUGGUGGUAGACUUUGAGCCUGUAAACCCCACAGAAUUUCCUGCCACUGCUGCUGGGGCCUUGCAGUCUUACAAGCUUGCUGCCAAGGCAAUCUCCAAGAUCCAGGCACUGCCAGGUGGAAGCAUGGAGCUGCUAUGCAACACUGUGGUCAAGGAAGUCUUUGAACUUACAGGGUAUGAUAGGGUUAUGGCUUACAAGUUCCAUGAAGAUAACCAUGGCGAGGUCUUUGCUGAGAUCACAAAGCCUGGCCUUGAGCCUUAUCUCGGCCUGCACUAUCCAGCCACUGAUAUCCCUCAAGCAGCUAGGUUUCUGUUCAUGAAGAACAAAGUGCGGAUGAUUUGCGAUGUCCGCGCAAGAACCCUAAAGGUCAUCGAAGAUGAGGCACUCCCCUUUGAUAUUAGCUUGUGUGGUUCAUCACUCAGGGCAGCACACAGCUGUCACCUUCAGUAUAUGGAGAACAUGAACUCGAUUGCAUCCCUUGUCAUGGCUGUUGUGGUUAAUGAGAGUGAAGAGGAUGACGAGGCCGAGUCCGAACAACCAGCACAGCAGCAGAAGAAGAAGAUACUAUGGGGCCUUGUUGUUUGCCACCAUGAGAGCCCCAGAUAUGUCCCUUUUCCACUGCGGUAUGCUUGUGAGUUCUUAGCACAGGUGUUUGCUGUCCAUGUGAACAAGGAGUUUGAAGUACAGAAACAAUUACGUGAAAAAAGCAUAUUGAGGAUGCAAACAAUUCUCUCUGACAUGCUGUUCAAGGAAGCCUCUCCCCUGACUAUCGUAUCAGGGACACCUAAUAUCAUGGACCUAAUCAAAUGUGAUGGUGCUGCUCUUUUGUAUGGGGACAAAGUAUGGCGUCUGGGUAAUGCUCCAACCGAGUCUCAGAUACGUCAUAUUGCCUUGUGGCUGUCAGAAGUUCACAUGGACUCCACUGGCCUGAGUACUGAGAGCCUCCAUGAUGCUGGCUACCCAGGAGCCUCUGCUCUUGGUGAUAUGGUUUGUGGAAUAGCAGUGGCUAAGAUCAAUUCCAAUGAUAUUCUUUUUUGGUUCAGGUCACAUACAGCUGAAGAAAUCAGAUGGGGAGGUGCAAAGAAUGAUCCAUCGGACCAGGAUGACAGCAGAAGGAUGCACCCUAGGUUGUCUUUCAAGGCAUUCCUUGAAGUUGUCAAGAUGAAGAGCUUGGCUUGGUCUGACUAUGAGAUGGAUGCUAUUCAUUCAUUGCAACUUAUACUUCGAGGGGCGCUGGAUGAUGUCGCCAAGCCAACCGGAAAAGCUAGUUUAGAUGAGCAGAUUGGUGAUCUAAAGCUUGAUGGGAUUGCUGAAUUGCAGGCAGUGACCAGUGAAAUGGUUCGUCUAAUGGAAACAGCAACUGUACCAAUCUUGGCAGUAGAUGGCAAUGGAUUGGUCAACGGGUGGAAUCAGAAAGCCGCAGAAUUGACUGGGCUAAGAGUUGAUGAUGCUAUAGGAAGGCACAUACUUACCCUUGUGGAGGAAUCUUCUGUACCAGUUGUCCAAAGGAUGCUAUAUCUAGCUUUGCAGGGCAAAGAAGAGAAAGAAGUUCGAUUUGACAUGAAGACUCAUGGCCCAAAGAGAGAUGAUGGCCCUGUUAUCUUGGUUGUGAAUGCUUGUGCCAGCCGGGACCUUCAUGAUGAUGUUGUUGGGGUGUGCUUUGUAGCCCAAGAUAUGACUGUCCAUAAGUUGGUGAUGGACAAGUUUACUCGGGUUAAGGGAGACUACAUGGCGAUCGUUCACAACCCAAACCCACUCAUUCCUCCUAUAUUUGGUGCUGAUGAAUUUGGAUGGUGUUCUGAGUGGAAUGCUGCAAUGACCAAGCUGACUGGAUGGCACAGAGAGGAAGUGCUCGAUAAGAUGCUUCUUGGUGAAGUGUUUGACAGUAGCAAUGCUUCCUGCCUUUUGAAGAACAAAGAUGCAUUUGUAGGCCUUUGUGUUCUUAUCAACAGCGCGUUAGCCGGUGAAGAAACAGAAAAGGCUCCAUUUGGCUUCUUCGACCGAAGCGGGAAGUACACUGAGUGCCUUCUAUCAGUGAACAGCAGGGCAAAUGAGGAUGGUCUCAUCACUGGAGUAUUCUGUUUUAUUCAUAUUCCUAGUCAUGAGCUGCAACAAGCACUGCAGGUGCAGCAGGCCUCGGAGCAGGCGUCACUAAGAAGGCUGAAAGCUUUCUCCUACAUGAGACAUGCAAUCAACAAUCCUCUCUCAGGCAUGCUUUACUCCAGAAAAGCACUAAAGAACACAGAUUUGAAUGAAGAACAGAUGAGGCAGAUCCAUGUCUCAGAUAAUUGUCACCACCAGCUAAACAAGAUACUUGCCGACUUGGAUCAAGAUAACAUCAUGGAGAAUUCUAGUUGCUUGGAUUUGGAGAUGGCUGAAUUUGUGUUGCAAGAUGUGGUGGUGGCUGCUGUAAGCCAAGUACUGAUAGCCUGCCAGGGAAAAGGCAUCAGAAUCUCUUGCAACCUGCCAGAGAGAUUUAUGAAGCAACUAGUCUAUGGAGAUGGUGUUCGACUCCAGCAGAUCCUUUCUGACUUCCUAUCUAUUUCAGUGAAGUUCUCUCCUGUUGGAGGUUCUGUCGAGAUUUCAGCCCAGGCGACGAAGAACAGCAUCGGAGAGAAUCUUCACCUUAUUGAUCUUGAACUUAGGAUCAAGCACCGGGGAUUAGGAGUCCCAGCAGAGCUGAUGGCGCAAAUGUUUGAGGAGGAGAACACGGAGCAGUCAGAGGAGGGCUUGGGCCUCCUAGUUUCUAGAAACCUGUUGAGGCUCAUGAACGGCGAUGUUCGUCACCUAAGGGAAGCCGGUAUGUCAAUCUUCAUCCUCACCGCCGAACUUGCUUGUGCUCCAACGGCAAUGAGGCAGUGAUGAAGAAGCAAGUGCAACACAUGGUCAUCAGAUGCUUCAUUUCGAAAGAACCAUGAGCGAACGACGGUGAUGACUUGCGGGGAAGAUGCGGCGCGGUUGCAGCAGGCUGUGGUAGAGUGUUAAGUGAAUGCAGAAAGAAAGAAGCAAAGGUUGGCCUGUAGGAUCAGUUAUCAGUCUAGGGUAAAGGAAGGUUGUGUGGCACGGUUUGGUUACGUACUUGUGCUGUGUUGUUGUGUUCUUCUCGUCCGUCCUACUAUGUAUGUGUAAGGUUCAAGUUUGAUGCUUCGUCAUAAGUGUUUUAUGGCUGUGAUAUGUACUUGGGCAAACUUGGUCAUAAGAAGUCUUGAAUAAACUUGGUUAUAACUUGCUAAGUA